CAUUGAUUCUACUAGACAUUAUUGGAACACUCUCCCCAUUUAACCUGAUCUCUGAAACAAGGGGGAAAAACUCCCCUUCCUCAGUAGUGUUUGCCAUGGGCUCAACCACUCAAGAACUCCACAUCCUCUUCUUCCCUUUCUUGGCCCCAGGCCACAUCAUCCCCACCGUGGACUUGGCCAAGCUCUUCGCCUCCCGCGGCGUCAAAACCACCAUCCUCACCACCACGGGCAACGCCUCCUCCAUCCAGCCCUCCAUCGACCAAGCCAAUGAUUCCUGCUCCCUCCGCCACCCCAUCGCCCUCUCCCUCCUCCCCCUCCCCGCUGCAGAGGCCGGCCUCCCCGUCGGCUGCGAGAACGUCACCGGCAUCCCUUUUACCGACCCCGACACGCGGUUCAAAUUCAUCACGAUGAUCGAGCUCCUCCGUCAACCGUUCGCCCGAGUCCUCAGAGAGUUACUCCCCGACGCCGUUGUCACCGACUUCUUGCUUCCCUGGACCCAAGACAUCGCCACCGAGCUUGCCGUGCCGCGCCUCGUGUUCCACGGCACCAACCUCUUCUCCCGCUGCGCCUCCCACUGCAUGAACCACUUCAAAGUCCUCGAGUCCGUGCCGGCCGGCAGCGCCCAGUCCUUUGUCCUUCCCGGCCUCCCCCACCGGAUCGAGAUGCGGAGAUCCCAAUUCUGGGACCCAGACAAGAUACCCGGAUUGAUGGUGUUACUCGACCAGAUCAAGAAUUCCGAGGAGCGAAGCUAUGGCGUAGUGGCCAAUAGCUACUACGAGCUAGAGCCGGAUUACGCCGAACACUACAGAAAGGUGGUGGGUAGAAGGGUGUGGAACGUCGGCCCGGUGUCCCUCUGCAACAGAAAUGAGAUGGAGAAAUCUCGGAGGGGAGAUGAGACUUCCAUCGAUUGCAACGAGUGUUUGAGCUGGUUAAACACCAAGAAGCCGGGCUCGGUGGUCUACGUUUGUUUCGGGAGCAUGUACGAGUUACCCAUAGCUCAAAUCAGAGAGAUUGCUUUCGGUCUCGAGGCCUCCGACAAACCGUUUAUUUUGGCGGUGAGAGUUGUUCGUGGAAAUGACUCCGACUGGCUGCCAGAAGGGUUCGAGGAGGAAGUUGUGGGAAGGCGGAAGGGACUGAUAAUAAGAGGAUGGGCGCCGCAGAUACUUAUAUUGAAUCAUGAAGCUGUGGGGGGGUUCGUGACGCACUGUGGCUGGAAUUCUUGCUUGGAGGGUGUGAGUGCAGGGGUGCCGAUGAUCACUUGGCCGAUGUUCGCCGAGCAGUUUUUUAACGAGAGGUUGAUAGUGGACGUGUUGAAGGUUGGAGUUGGGGUCGGGGUGGUGGAGCAUGCAGGUAUGGGUGCGGAAAGGAGGGUGGUGACAGGGGAGGAGAUAAGGAGGGCGGUGGGGAGGGUAAUGGAUGGAGGAGAAGAGGCGGAGGAGAUGAGGAGGAGAGCGAGGGAGCUCGCGGAGAUGGCAAGGAGGGCAGUGGAGGAGGGUGGAUCGUCUUAUGCAGACGUGGGGAAGCUCAUAGAUGAGUUGAUUGAGAGGAGGAAGAGAGCUGGGACAGAAUAAAUGGGGUCUAUGGGGCAAGUGAGAGGGAAUUGUUCUUGGCUAUGUUUAUCCUUUCUAAAUAGGAAAUAUUGGACGCGAGCCGGGUUGCUUGGAUUGUCAA